CCUGCUGGAGGUUGCCCGUACCCGAGGACAUCAAUAUUUCAGGAUCUUAGCUCAUGGGGAUACUCGGGCCACUCAGAGCUCAGGGGGAUGUGCUGAUGGAGAGGCAGAGCAAGAGUGAGACUGUUAGACCUGAAGACUGAUAGGUGAGACGGGCGUGCGAGAGAGUAAAUGAUAGUGUGGGGGCAGGAGAGGUAGAAAACAUUGACAGGGAUAAGUGGAUAUAAGCCGAAAAUGACAGUGUGUAUUACAGAAAAGGUGGAUGGGAGUAAAAAGAAAGAGAAUGGGAGAAUUCUGAGUGUGAGUGGGUUUAAAAAAAAAAGGGAGGUUGAUAGAAGGUGAAGGUACAGUAUGCUUUUCUGCUUUGUUUUUGGAUGGAUUACCGCUGAACUUGCCAGGAUUAUUAAUCAAUCCAUAUCAGUGUUGCUAAAUGUGAAAAUAACAUGAAAUAGAGAAUACAUCUUGGAUAAUAAUUGUGAUGAUGGCAACAAUCUGUGUAUUUAUGACUCUGCAAGUCCAUUUGCAUGAGUAGAACAUUAGGCAGUUCAUUAUCUCCUGUAAACAAGGCAAUAAUAUAUAAUAUAAUAUAGUGUCGGAUGAGAAUGCAAGGUGAAGAGUGGCCAAGUAGGAAUGAACAGAAAUGGAUGAUGAGAGGGAGCCUCUUGCCCUGUCUUGUCCUUUUAUUUUGUGUGAAAGAGCUUCAGAAGCCAAGUGUUGCCACGACUACAGCUGUUGUGCCACUGUGAUGGUCAUGAGGGGUCGUUACCAUAGUAAGGAGCUUCCCGGGGGCAAUUACAGAUCAGAGGAUUUCUUCCCCGUGAGUCCCUUCUUCUCUGGCCUCGACAACAAAUUCUGCAGUCCCACCAAGAAGGAAACCGCUCUCCGCUCCAACAAGUCUUGUGAGAAAUGAGCUGCCAAUGAGUCACACUCAAGGUCAUCAGCCAACACAUUUUGGCCUGAGGGUCUUCUAGGGGGUUGGGCCUCCUCACCAACAUGAAAGGGAUGGGGACCAAUCGUAACAGACACCUGUCUGACUCCUGCGAUCCAUCGUUGGGUCAUCCAGAAGCCCUGUACCCUCAGAAGACCAGCACCCUGCCUCGCAGCCCUUACUUGCUGAGCCCGACAAUGGACCACUACGGCACCAUGGACCCCCAUCUCUACCCCUCAACCAACCCGGCAUCCUUUCCACCAGACUGCAUGCUGCCUCUCAACAAUCAACUCUCAAACAGCAACACUUUCUCUGGGAUUCAUUACAACUCUUAUGACCAGUCUGACUUCUCCCCACCUGGAGACAGUAUUGGAGGGAUAAGCACAGGGACAAUGGGGACAUCCAUGUCCAUGGGCAUGGGAACGGGCAUGGGCAUGGCAGGAAUGGGUGGACGACGAGCUAUGAUUACAAGUGGCUCAGCAACUAUAUCACACCAUAUGACUAAGAACCAGCCACCACCCAGUCUGCUGGAGUUUGAGAAGCAGCUACCUGGAGGACGUGAUGGAUUCAGCACAUUGCAGUUCCACCGAUCAUCUGCCCUCACUGCCGCCAAGCAGCGCACAGACAGUCCCGGUCGCAUUCGUUACAUGCUGCACUCAGUGCAGAAACUCUUUGCAAAGUCCCAGUCACUGGAACACCAAACCAUGAAAGGAAAUCUCAACGGACGCUCCACGAGCAGCGGUGGAGGCUCGUCCGGCACCGAGGACGGAGGGAAGCAGAAUCGCAGAGCCAAAAGUAAAGAUCGGGGUACAAAGUCAGACGCUGCCAAGAGACGACCACGCUCCAACAUGUCGGGUUACUGGAGCUCAGACGAUUUGGACAGCAGCGAUAUGAGCAGCUACCACAACACCAUGGCCAUGAUGACUCUAGGGCGUUCAAGUGGCCAUGACAGCCAAAGCAGAUACAUUCACAGUGGCUACAACACGAUCAGCUCCUCCAAAAGCAGUAACGACAUGAAGUAUCAGGCACUUCCUGUGCCUGCGGGUGGAGGCGGUGGUGGUACUGGAGGUAUGGUUAUAAAUGAUAAUGACUAUAUGAAAGGAGGCUCCUGGUCCACACUGACCAUGGGUCACCCAAGACAGGUGAUCCAGAAGGGCUCAGCAACUCUGGAUAGGUCCAUGCUCAAGUCCAAAUCCUGCCAACAGGAACUAACCUGCAACUAUCUGCAGGUUGGUAGAAGGGGUGAUUGGAGUAGCACAUUAGGCCACAGCGGGGGAGCCAAUGAAAUCCCUUGUCGGCGGAUGCGCAGUGGUAGCUACGUGAAGGCCAUGGGAGACAUGGAAGACAGCGACGACUCGGAGGGAAGCCCAAAACCCUCUCCAAAAACUGCUGCUCGCCGCCAGAGCUACCUCAGGGCUACGCAGCAGUCUCUGAGCGACCAGCCACCCCCACACAACAGAACCCUGGAUUAUUCCUUGUUGCAGGGGGAGCUGGAUGCCCUGUGGUCUCCGCUCCACAGUGUGUCCUCUCUGCACCAGCUGGGCAGGUCAAUGAGCAGCUGUCUUCCGUCUCUCCGAGAGCUCUCCAAUAACCGCAGCCUCGACAACCUCGACUGCAUCGAAGGCACGGGCUUGUCUCUGCCACGCUGGGACGAUGAUGACCUUAGUCAGGCCUGCAGCACCUUGGGCAGACGUAGCUGCAUGGGACAGCUGCGGGAUUUGCAACAAAUGAGGCACCAUUACGAGGAUCGCAGCUCAGAGUCCACAUACAGAGAUUCCCGUUCCCAUUCUCAGGACAACACAGAGCCUUCAGACUUGCCCAUGCCCACAUGCUUCCGUUCCCGCAGCCACAGCUACCUGAGAGCAAUCCAGGCCGGCUGUUCUCAAGAUGACGACACAGCGUCUGUAGACUCAGGCUGCUCACCUCCUCCGGCUGACUCCACUGUCCGCACCUACAGCACCAGCACCGUCUCCACAUUCAUAUCCACCUGUAAGAAGACUGCUCCUCCGCCAGUUCCACCCCGGACGACGUCCAAGCCCUACAUCUCCGUGACGGUACAGAGCAGCACAGAGUCAGCCCAAGACAACUACCUGGAUCAGCAGGACCGGAGGUCAGAAGUCAACAGCCAGUCUAGCCACGCCCACAGCAACUCCUCUGACAGCCUUGACAGCACCCGUGCCAACAGCCUGGCCCGGGGUAUUCCCCGCCCUCCGCACAUCAUUCCCACUCCUGUUGCCAUACCGAGAGAUCCCAUUGCCCCCGCCACGGCCAAUGCUUCCACUGAGACAAGUGACUGUGUAAUCCAGCAUGAGUCCCUGAAAUCAGGAUUUAAUAAAGUGAAUCUAGUGGCAGAGGAGCCUUUCGUGGCCCCACUACCCAGACGGAAACUCUCCUCCAUUGGCAUACAGGUUGACUGUAUUCAGGAAGUUCCACGAGAGGAGACCCCACCGCUUGCCAAAUUCCAAUCCAUCGGAGUGCAGGUGGAGGACGGGUGGCAGAUCAGUUGCUCCAGUAGCAUGGCCUCAAAACAAGACCCAGACUCAGGCACACAGGACACCCCUGUCAUCUCACACGUCAGUCAUACCAAACCCACUGAGAAAAAAGUCAUGGUCAAUAGUGCUAGCCAAUCCAUGACUUCCCCUCCCGGACAAGACUCUUUAGACCGUGGAGGCAAUUCCAAUGACCCUUCUUCACCCCCACCGCCCAGGCAGAUCCUCAACCGCUCCACCACAAGAAGUAGCUCUUCCUCCUUCUCAGAAAGUCUGGACCCAGCGUUGGACCCCUCGUCUCUUCCACCUCCUGACCCCUGGCUGGAGAGUGGGAGUGGCAGUACCAGCAGUGUGUCGCACAGCGGAGGAUCGGGGACGCUGUGUCAGGGAGACGGCCACUGGUUCCUCAAACUGCUGCAGGCAGAGACGGGACGUAUGGAAGGCUGGUGCCAGCAGAUGGAGCAGGAGACCAAAGACAACCAGCUGUCAGAGGAAGUGCUGGGAAAGGUUCGCAGUGCAGUGGGAAGUGCCCAGCUCCUCAUGUCCCAGAAGUUCCAGCAGUUCCGGGGACUGUGUGAACAAAACGUGAAUUUGAAUGCCAAUCCACGAACCACAGCCCAAGACCUGGCUGGUUUCUGGGACCUGCUGCAGCUCUCCAUCGAGGACAUCAGCUUCAAGUUCGAUGAGCUCUACCACCUCAAGUCCAAUGACUGGCAGCAUAUGCAGUCGACAGCUGCCCAGUCGCCCCCUGAGCGGAAGGACGGGGAAAAAGUGGCUCCUGCAGCAUCAAAGAAGCCUGGUAAGGGACGGCCAUUACUGGGCCGUGAGAAGAGCGCAGACUCGCCGUCCACCUCUUCCUCUUCCUCGGCCUCGGCAGAGAAGCAAAAACAGGAGGCUCGCAAGCGUCUGCUGGCUGCCAAAAAGGCCGCCUCAUUUCGGCAGAACUCCGCUACAGAGAGCUCAGACAGCAUCGAAAUCUACGUCCCUGAGGAUCAGACUCGCCUCUGAGAGAGAUAGUGACCAAAUAGAAGAAGGAUGUGGGUUGGAUCAAAGGAUAGAUAUGUGUCACCUGGAAAAAAAGUAGAGUAGUGGAGAACUUUGGCAAUGCAAAUGAGCUACUCAAGGGUCAACAUGGAUGGAAGUGGGGGAGGAGAGAUAAGAAUCCCACAGAUGGGGGUGGGGGUCAAAUUGGGCAUUUGUGCCAUAUCCAUGCGGUUAUAGGCUGGUCCUAGUGGAAUCACACACUAUUAACUAACUAAUCAGUAAAUGAAACAUUUAACUUGAUGACUCUUGUGGACUAUGAAGCAAGAGACUUGUCAUUUGAGGCUGCCAUUGAAAAUCUCAGUUGAAGAACUUUGUCGUUUCUUGUUACUACUCUUGGUAUCAUAAAAUUGUUAAUGAGGGUUUUGUUAUUGCGACGAUUAUAUCUUAAUUAAUCUACACAAAGACUGUUUAAAAGGCUCCUGUCUUGGCUACGAGGUGAAGUAUGUGGACAGACGAUGGGCAUGAAUGCUCCUCCUUGUCCAGUCAUUGUCCUCUUGUCCCAGAUCAUCGGCCAUCCUGUAGCUUUUGCACAACGCCACCCUGUGGCCAUCACAAACACUGCAUCCACGGCAAGUCACUCCACUAAUGUCACACCUAUGUACGUCUUCCUUGUAUGCAUUUGUUUGCAUUAUUCACCCUUUUCUUUGUUGUGUAUAAAAUCUAUUUAGGUCUGGUUCGUGUGAAUGUUUCUGGGGUGUGAUGAAAGUCAACGUCAGGGGAAUUGUUCCUUUACAUUGUUCCUAGUGCAUCUCGAGCAUGAGGAUCUCAGUUUCGGUGAGACUGGCCACAGUUUUAUUGAAUAUCAUUUUUGUGGAGGAAAAAAACAUCCUCUUUAGUCUAUUUUGAUUCUCUGUUCCACUAACUUCUUGUUUGAGCUGUACCUGCAGAUGUGUAGGUACAUACAGUAUGUCAGUCUGUCUUAGCAUCCAACUCAUACAUUUACAAAUCAGUUGGCUGUUUUUGAAUGAAUACAGCAGGCUCAGUUUGCAGGAUAGUGUUGCUUUAUUGUCUGUGGGAACUCACAUUAGUUUUACUCUUAUUUUUAUACUGUUUUCAAAAAGCAAUUGUUCUAUUUGCAUCAUCAUUCAAAACAUGUCUUCGUUUUUAUUUUGUUGUUAUUAUCAAUUCUCCUCUCAUUUAAAACCAUCCAGAAGUAACUGCACUUUUUUAUUUCAAGGAUGGACAAUAUUAAAUUAAAGAAUUGCAUUGCUGCUUGCUGUUUGUUUUUUUCAUGGACGACUGCAUAAAAGCCAACGAUGGAUGCAUUGUUAAAUUCAUCUUGUGUGUUUAAAUGUCAGCAGCAGGGAGCUCCGUGCCAACAUCUUACUGUGAAAAUAGAGAGAGUGGAAUGUAGCCACAGCUCCAAUAUUUAAUGUACUACAGUGUUCUAAUACACAUACCCAUCUUUUGUUUGAAGAAUGCAUCAAUUCUACUCUGGGUGCGCCUGCCAUCCACUUAACCCCAGUGUUUCAGAGCCCAGGAAACAAAGACACUUAAGAAUACCCUUAAAAGUUAUCCAAAUUCAUUUCCUGGUUGUUGUUUUUUUUAUCAGAUACGACUGAAACUCUGAUUGAAAAACAAUUACAUCUACUUGCACCUCAUCGUCAGAAACUGGGUUCUAUUUUUUCUGGAACUAAGCAGAAGAGGGAAUCAGGUUCACCAGCAUGUGCAUGCCCCAUGUACUCGAAUGACCAUGCAAUUAUAUACACCUACAGGUGUGUUAUUAUGGACACAGAUUGUUAUUAUCACAAAAUGCCGUAGUAUGGAUGUAGCCUCACAAGGAUGAGUGUUUAGGGUCAGCUUGAAACCUGGUUUUAAAUUUAAAGAAUGGAGUUUGUGUGUAGUGCUGUUCAUGUGGGCGUCUGUCAACACUGCUCUGUCCUCUCCUCAGCAGUUAGUUCUCAGUUAAAUAUCCAUACAGUUGAAAGGCAUUUACAUCAUAAGUAAAAGUUCCUCACUGGUCUGGUUUACACCCUGGAUUAUGCAUAUUUACAGAACCAUUUGAAGGCACUUCCUAAAACCAAGUAGUCUGUAACUAUGUCCUUUUAAAGGUCCAGUGUGUAAGAAUUAGUGAAAUCUAAUGAAUCCCUUUCACUGGCUCUCUCAUACCACAGAGGAUGUGAAAACUCUUUGACAUCUCUCCUAACACUCUCACUCCCGCCAUUUCCACCUCAAUUUUUAUUGGCUCCACAUUUUUCAUUGGAAUGAUUUGUUUUAUGUGUUUAAUUUAAAUAAACUUGACAAAUAAUGUCAAGUUCAGACUGUCAGUGCAAGAUGGCGACCUCAGUAAGGCAAGGCCCUUGUCUGAAGUACAUAUUAGAGGCUUAUUCUACGGUUGCAAAAACCAUAUACAUUUGAUGCGAUUAUUCACUCAUCUGAACAUACUUGUGGUUUGUACGAUCAAUGUCUACCAGUAAAUCCUCCUUAAUGUUACACACUGGACCUGUAAACACUUAACUAAUAAUUCUUACAAAUGAAACUUGCUUAACAGUCAAAUCAAACCAAAUGAAAUAAUUCAAGGUGCUUGCCUUGUAAGGCAGAGAAAAGAAAGAAAACCCAACAGAGACACACAAAGAGUAAGUACUAGGCGUCAGUGGAGAGAAAAAAAAACCUUUAACGGGAAGAAAUAUCUCUCUUAAAAGUACAUAUCUACCCAUAAACACUGGCAUAAUGAGCCCGAGAAUAGGUGAACCACCCUUGUUUUCCGUCAUUCGACUCGCAUUUGGUUUCCUCCUAAAAAAAGAAAAGUAGUAAGUUAUUGUAAACAACACCAAGCCUUCCCUUCCUAAUUAUUUAUGUUAAACUACUUCACUGUCAUUCCACUGCUUUGACUGCGGCAAUGCCUCUCUCACCCACUGUGAGUGAAAAAUGCAGCCAGGGGCUUUGAAUUGGAAAAGCCUGAUGGCUGCCAUUCUUUCUCUAUCUUGGCAAGAGCUUUCUCUUGAUGGUGGGCCUUUGUUUGCUGUUGUGUUUGCCUGCUGGGGAUGACUCUCAGCGGGGAAAAUGACUCAGGAGUGUCAAUAGCUUGUUCCCCGGUUGCUGUCAAUGCCCUCUUCCAUUUGACUGAGGCGGAUAGUGUCGUUAGCACCUAAAGGCCUUUUGUGUGACUCGGCUAAAGGCUUGAUUUGAUUUCUGACUGCCAGGAAAAGCGUGUGUGUAUCUGGAAAAGUUGUUUUCCUAACGUAAGCAGAGUGGAGAUACUGAAGUUGUCUCUGGUUUUUUUGAGUGCUCAGGUCAGCUUAUUGUUUUCAUGUACGGCAUUAAAAAUCCACCAUCAUCCACCCAUGCACCUACUCAUAUCAUUUUCUAUAGUUUUUUUGUUUUUGUUUUUUUUUUUCUUUCAUUCCGUUGACUGCAUAUUGUUUUUCAGACCCAGACCCUGCUGUGAAACUUCCUUGCACAUAAGUGUAGCUCUGUGCCUCACUGGAACACAGAUCAAUCGCUUUACUGAGGCAUCUGAAGUACGCUGUGGCGAGAAGGAGGGCAGGGAGACGGAGAAAGCUGCCCGGUGGCUGAAAAGAGAUGCUUUUCCAUCCUGGCUUAAAACUUGGAUGAGUAAAAUGCCAAGAGAUGUCAGUGGCAUUACUCACAGAGAUAAAAGAGAGCACGUCUCAUACAUUUUAACAGGGCUUUCACUUCAAUACACACACCAGUGUUUCACCAGGACACACCUAGAUCUACAUUCUGGGCUGUGUCAUCCACGAUCCAAACAGCUGCAGUUUUGAUUGGGGGGAGGGAGGUAACUUUAAAGCCGUUGAUUUGGGGGUGAUAAUGGUCCCCAUACAUGUUUGAUGGGUUUGGCUUUUUGAACACAUUGUCAGUCAACUGUUAAAGCAGAAGCAUCUACUUGAGCCACAGUCUGUGACAUUUGUAUUCAGCUGCACUCCUUUUAAAUAUAUAAACACUAUUUAAACACUAUUUUAAAUGAGCUUUUAUGUCAAGACAGACGGAGGCGACAGCAAAACAUUGCACUAGUGAAGCGUGACGACUAAACAAGUUGGAGUACGGCUGGAAACAAAAGUUUUGGAAGUCAAUUCUGCAACUGCUCAAAAAACCUGAUCAUAAAAAGGCUUCUUAUCCCCACCUGUCCCUGCGCUGCUGCAGUACACACACAAACACUCCCUCCGUCAGGUCUGAUAGUAUUGCUUGUCAGAUCCCAUAUUCAGAUGACAGACGCACCGUACAAGUAAUCAUCAUACAAAUAACGUUACACACAAAUAACACAGAUGACAACAAUAAUCACCUAAAGUGACACACUGCAGCAUUAAUGUGGUUCCUUCAGCCAUAGCAAACGCUGGAUCAUUUGUUGGAUUGUGUACAUUUGUUAUUAUACUGUGAAAAAAGCAAUAGCCUAUUUGUUAAACGAGAAAAAGAAACAUAAUCACACUAAUGUACCUUUAUUUUUUUCUCAUCUACAAAUUUAUGUAUCGACCUAUUUUCCUUUCUUUUUUUAAAGAAAGGUGUCACUUUGGGUUAGAAAAGACAAAAAGAAACAGGUUAAUCCCUAAGAAGAGAGUUACUAGUGAAUUCACUCCUUUACAGUCGUCCUAAGGCCUGUUUACAACAAAAGAGCAGGAUCAUUAACAUUUUGCUUUGUUCCAGGUAUAAAACUGGGAAAGGGUGGGGGGCAGAACUUGGAAAUGCUCUUAUCACAGAGAUACCGUGUAGCAAAAAAAGAGUAUCUGUACAAAUACUAGAACACAUAUUUUAUGAAGCAAGCACAUAUUUUAAAGAAUAGGACCUGUGCAGUAUAUCUCUGCAGUAUAUAGGCUGUGUGUAUUUCAGGGGUUGUGGGGUUUAGUAUACCAGGGUUAUUCUGCUUGAGGCAGAGUUGAGUGUGUGAGUGUUUUGCUCAUGAAUUCAGAUUUUCCUAUAGAUUCAUGUCACUAUACUAUGGUAACAUUUUAAAUGUAUGUGCAAUACUGAGUAGGAGGGUCCUUUGGUAUUAAGCUCAAACUAAUAAUCUCGCAUCUCUCUCCUCCCUGUGCUUCUUUUAGUUGUCUUCUGUAAAUAAGAACAAAAACCAGACUGAUAAUCCUCAUCUUUUCAAUGCUCUAUAGAUCUAUUUAUACUACUUCAAGGUUGUUCAGAUGUGUAACAGAGAGAUGUGACAUUCAAUAAAAUGAACACAAUACUUUCUCAAAAAA